AUGACAGGUGUUCGAAGUCUUAAAGACAAACUGUCAACGCCUGAAGGGACAAAACGAGUGUUAAGUUCAUUAAAACUCACUCCAAAAUCAAAAAUUGAUGAGUGUACUCAAACGAAAGACCAGUCUGAGGAAUUUGACGUGAAGAUAGUAGUGAAGUACGGUGGUGUUGAAAGAUUAAAGAUUAUCAAAGAGGAACACGAGCAGGCAGUUUUAAAGUCAUUGCUGAAUAAUGCCUCACCUCGAAAAGUGCUGAAGAAUUUAAGUUUGAAUGAAAAUUACAAGAAGGAAACGUUUGAAAUUGUUAAAAAUGUGAUAUUAAAUGAAAUAAAACAUAUUUCAAAAAAGGAUAAUGAAAUAGUCAAAGGACAUGCAUCCAACAAUGAACAACUUAUAAUAUUUGACUUGAAAUGUACAAGUCAGCAGCUCCAACUAAAGGCACCAUAUCUGUAUUCAGUAUUUAGCAGUGUUGUUGGCUUGCAAAAGAAGAAAAAUCUACCGCAUAUGCUUACAUCCCUUGCUGUACUUUUGUAUGGAAGAUCACAUACCAUUAACCAGUUGCAAUACAUACUAGGCUUAAUUCUCCAAAAAUGUGACUUGAACAGAGAGGGAAUGAAUAUCAUUCAUGACUUGGGAAGAACAAUUUCCCCUACAAGUCUACACAAGAAAACAAAAAAUCUUGUGAAGCAGCAAGAAAAUCGACUCCAUUCAACGAUGGCAUCUUAUGUUGAGGAGAAUGAAAGCAGGCAUAAGAUGGGGAAUGAAAUGCUGCAGAAGAACAAAUGGAUGCAGAGGAAGUUACAUUUACAUAUUACAAGUUUUCCCAAUUAUAUUGAGCACAUGUAUAUGGACCAAAUGAGAAAGAAAUCUGUUUUUCUGAACUGUGAUUUAGUAGAUGCCAGUGAGAAUAGCUCACAAGAAAAAAUAGAAAUUAUCCAAGAGUUCAUCAACUUGCUGUUCCACAUGUUAGGGGAAAUUCUGAAAAAAAAUGUUUUGGAAAAGGUAGUUUUUGGUGAGGAUGUCCUGACAAACGAAAGGGCAUUUAGUGCUCAAGAAGCAAUGCAGAACAGCCCUUCUGAGUACGAGUCUUUAUUGGGAGUAAUUCACAGACCAGAGGGUCUGCAUAGAGAGAUGAACUUCCUUCUGGGAAUUUAUCAGCUCUUCUACAAAGGGAAAAGCAGUGCAGAUAAAGGGUCUUUAUACCAGUUGCGGAAUCUGAUUAAUAGACGAAAUGUUUCUGGAACUGAAGAAGUCAAUUCAAGCUACAGGUAUUGCUAG